CUGAGGAAGCUGGUAUGCCAGGAAAAUACAACAUUCAGGAACGUUUGGACAACACAUUCCACAUCUCCAAUUGCUUAUCAAAGUGGGAGGAUUUAUUUCGACAAUUACCGGUGCUGUCACCACACCAGAGCCGAGGAUAAUUUAUCAAAUGCCAAGGCGGCCUAGGUCGGAAAAAAUAGAAGAUGCUUUGUUACUGGAAUGCCCAGUGGUAAGAUUUUUUUAAAAAAAACAAACGAAAUGAUUUUGCUGAGAAAAACAAGAACCAGACUCCCUUGUGUCAUAUUUAACAUAUUAUUAUUUUUCUUCCUUCUUUCCUUUUAACUAGAAGUCCAACACAUGAAAUAAUCUUUGGGGAGCUGCCUUUUGGGACUAAAGUAAUCAGCAUCUUUUAAAGGGAGGGCAGCUCCUGUCUGUUCAGGCAUUUACAUGUGUACAGUCAUCUUCCAGUAAUCAGGUUCAAAUACGCUAUGCCCAUCCCUUUGUGAGCUUCCUUGCAGGAUUGCGAAGCCUCAAUACUCCGUAUAAGAAAUGUUUUAAAGCAAGCAGCCGAUGUGUUUGCAAGCCAUAAUCGGGUGCACGUUCUGAAAAUCCACAACUGAGGUUGCUGUAACUAGCAAGUGCCGUAUGUUGCUGUUGCAUUACUCCAUAUUGAAAGCGGUGUUAGAAACUGAGAUGUGAAAGCUAGGAGCUAAAGGGCACCUUAAAUGGAGGGUGUGUCUCGGUGCGCUUUUUUACAACAAGAAUUCAAAGCUGAAAAGGAAUGAACUGCAGCUAAAAUAUUAGGUUCGUUUUUCACAAGGUCUAUUCCUUCCCCUCCCCACCCCCCUAAUAUCCUUAAGAGGGUCUCUUCCGCAGUCUUCAGAGAGUAGCUGGCAGUGGGGAGGCAGGGAAAGGUCUUCCUUUCCUCCCCACUCUGCAGUUUUAAUCUGAGAUCUUAGGCGCAGUACCGCGCCCAGAGCUCAGAAUCUGCUCGCUCUACUUAAAUUCCCUGUCGCAAAAUGCGCCAGGAACAAGGGGAGUUUCAGACACUGAUGGAAAGGGUGGCAAAAUAUCCAUUCGCAUAACAGCUGGAGUGCUACGGAGGGUGAGGGGGCUCAUUGGGAUCCCUAUCAGAGGUGAACCAAACCAAACCUCCAAAUCGUGGAGAGCAAAUGUUCAGGGUUGCCUUAAGUUCAGCACUUCGCUAACUGGUAUUCUCACAGGUUCACUAUUUGGGGUUGGGAAUCGCUUCACAGAUAAGGAGCUGAGACGCCGACAAAGAGAUGGGGGGAUAACAGCCCAUGGUUGUAGCUAUUACCAUCACUACUAUUAUUAAUAAUGAUUUAAUUUCUAUACCACCCUUCCUCCGAGGAUUACAAUAUGAAAACACAAAAAUACACAACAUACAUAACUGCCAAGUUCCAGAUUGAAAAAUCCGGGACCAGCAGUGGCACAGCACCGGAAGUCACUUCUAUGCUCCCAGUACAUUUCCAAGCACAAUUCAGAGUGUUGGUGUUGAGCUUUAAAGCCCUAAACGGCCUCGGUCCAGUAUACCUGAAGGAGCAUCUCCACCCCCAUUGUUCAGCCCGGACACUGAGGUCCAGCGCCGAGGGCCUUCUGGCGGUUCCCUCGCUACAAGAAGCCAAGUUACAGGGAACCAGGCAGAGGGCCUUCUCAGUAGUGGCACCCACCCUGUGGAAUGCCCUCCCACCAGAGGUCAAAGAGAACAACAAUUACCAGACCUUUAGAAGGCAUCUCAAGGCAGCCCUGUUUAGGAAAGCUUUUAAUGUUUGAUGAAUUUCUGUAUUUUAAUAUUUUGUUGGAAGCCGCCCAGAGUGGCUGAGGGAACCCGGCCAGAUGGGCGGGGUAUAAUAAUAAUAAUUAUUAUUAUUAUUAUUCCGGACAUGCGUAGAAGCAACUUCUGGUGCCGCUCUGCCCAUUUCCAAAAUGGCCACAGCACCGGAAGUCGCUUCUAUGCACUUCCGGACAUGCGUAGAAGCGACUUCCUAUGCCGGCGCCGCCCGAUUUCUGGUGCCCAUACAUGGGCAGAGCGGCACCAGAAACAUGGUCGUCGGCAGGAGCUGCUUUUUGAUUUACGGGAUAUAAAUCCAUUUGGGAGACCAGCAGAAACGGUAAGAAAAUACAGGGGUUUCCUGGGAAAAACGGGGUACUUGGCAGCUAUGCAACAUAGGAACAUUCUCUAUUUCUUAAUACAGGGUGAUGUGCUGCCGAGUCCAUCGGACUACAAACCUUCCUUGUUGGUUCUGACAGCAAACAACUGGCUCCUUCGCCUUUCUGCAAGUACAGGAGAAGUACUUGAAAAAGUGUACCUUGCUUCCCACUGCAAAUUCAGAUAUCUAAGUUGGGAUGUUCCUCAAGAGGUCAUGGUUGUCAAGUCAGCUCAACAGAAGCUCCCUGCAGCCGCACGGCAGGUUGGCAUCCAACGGUCUGUGCUUUUCUUCCUUGCCGUGUUCAGAGUUCUGCCACUAUCGUUCAUCGGGAUGCUAGAACUCGACAAAAAAAUCUUUGGAAACGGCAUGACAGACGCCAUGUUGUCACAUAACAUGCUGGUCGUGACACACAGCGCUGGCCUUGUCAGGCUGUACAGCUUCCAGGCUAUCUCUGAGCAGUUCACAGAGUGCCAGGUGGAUCUGGGACAAGAGUGCAGCUGGAAUGGCAAAGCUGGGAUUGUGGGAAAAUACCCCUUCGGCAUUCCCUGCAAUAUUAAAAUAACAGAUACCCCAGAUCUGCUUUUUGAAGUGUCUUCUCUGGAGAACACAUUUGAAAUUGGAGGAUACCCUUGGCAUUACAUCAUCACUCCUAACAAGAAAAAACAGAAAGGAAUCUUCCACGUUUGUUCAUUGAAAGACCACACUUUGGCAAAGAACGGCAUCCAGGAUAUGGAAUGUUCCUCAUUGGAACCUGACUGGAUAUCUUUCCACCAAGACACUUCUGGAAGAGUGCUGCAUGUGGGACCAAGUUUGAUUAAAGUUUUGAAGCUGAAGGAAUCUGAAAAUAACGCAGAACAGCAGGAAAUUACGGAAGACUUUGUCAUAGAGGCCAACAGGGGAGAUAAUGUUAAGAACUCUGUAACGGUAACAGCGUUUGGCCGAGUUGUGAAGAAACGUAUGACACUAUUGGAUGAUGACCCUGGGCAAGAGACUUUCAAAAUUGUGGACUAUGAAGAUGAACUGAAUUUGCUGUCCAUUGUGGCAGUUACUCAGAUAGGAGCUUAUGGGGCCGCCCACCUUGACCUCCACUGCAACGAGUACGGGACUCGACUUAAGAGCAUUCCGUUUGCGGAAUCUUGGGAUGUGACAUACAACCAUGAAGUUUAUUUUGACAGAAAUGUAGUUGUGCACAUAGAAGAGAAGCCCAGCAGGAUCUUCAGCUGUUACGUUUACCACAUGACCUGCAGUAGUUCUAAGGAAGAUGAAGACGUCAAGAAGGGGAAAGGAGAACGACUGUUUUGUGAAAAAAUGGGGAAAACUUUUGAGGUUUUUUUGUAGUUUUAGCCGUUUUAUUAGAGACUUUGCACCGGAGGAUUUGUAAGCCCCUUUGAGCUGGUUGCUACUCAGCUUCUGUGUAGAUAUACAUCCUUUUGUAAUGAAAAAAAAAAUCGUUCCACUGCAUAUUUAUUCCCACUACAUAUUUAUUUUGAAGUUGUCUUACACGUAAUGAACCGCGAAUUGCAUUUAUUUGCAAUGUUUUCCCCAUUUGGCUGAGGAGCAGGAUACCUUUUGAUGGACUAGUUACUGUGACACAUGGACUUAAAACUACAUUUAUAAUAAUAAUUUUAUUUUUUAUAUGCCGCCCAUCUGACUGGGUUGCCUCAGCCACUCUGGGCGACUCCCAACAAAACAUGAAAAACACAAUAAAACAUCAACCAUUAAAAACUUCCCUGAACAGGGCUGCCUCCAGAUGUCUUCUAAAAAUCUGAUGAGAGGGUGUUCCACAGGGGUGCCACUACUGAGAAGGCCCUCUGCCUGGUUCCCUGCAGCUUCACUUCGCACAUUGAGGGAACCACCAGAAGGCCCUCUGAGCUGGACCUCAGUGUCCGGGCAGAACGAUGGAGGUGGAGACGCUCCUUCAGUUAUCUAUAUUUUCUUUAAAAUGUUUAUCUUCUUUAAGUGAGACCGCCAAUAGAAUUGCAGUACUGUACAGCCAUCUUCAAAUUCCAUAAAAGAGUGGACUCUAUAGAGAGCAAGUUCAUCUGUUAACAUUACUUAACAGAAACUGUCAUGCUCAGUUGACCUAAUGCCAGAGCAUUCACGAGCAAAUGCUGGAUGACAUAAUAGUCCUGUCAGUAAUGGGAAGGGAGAGCAGGAGCUGGACUGAGCUCUUCCUUCAAACAGAUGAAUGACGUAUCGCCAAUUACCGUAUUGGCCUGAAUAUAAGCCUCACUCCCCCCCCCCAAAUUCUGACACUGAAAAGUUAAAGUGUGGCUUAUAUUUGCAACCUUACAGUAUGCAGCCAGGAGUGCAGGACAAACAGCGCCAGGAGCACGUCAAAGCAGCGAUCUUCUCCCCCAAGGCCGGGAAGGGAGAGAGCAAGGGAGGGGAAAGGCUGCCGGCAAUGCAGUGCAGUCCCCCCCCCCCCAAAAAAAGUAUGCAGCCAGGAGCAGCAAGGAUGGGAGUGUGGGAGCGGCUUAUUUUUUUUCUUUCCAAUUUUCUUUUCCAAUUUUAAAGGUGCGGCUUAUAUUCGGGUGCGGCUUAUAUUCAGGUCAAUACGGUAUCUCAGUAAAGUUACCAAACGGGACUUGUUAGUGGUAUUAACACAGUGUGCAGCAGUCCAUUCCUAGACGCACAUAUAAUUGGCCCUGUGGUUAAAACUUCAUAACACUUUUACAGCAGUAGGGAGAGGAGAAGAGAUUCAGUUCAGUUCGGGUUCAAAGCCGAACCAAUCCAGUUCUGAAACAAUAUGAGAGCCAAAAUACAACCAUCGUUCGAAAUUCAUGCUUUCCAAGAUUUUUAAAUGCCGUUCUCCAACCAGCCAGCGUUUACAAUAAAAAAAACAAACCACAUAUACGUGGGGAAACUGUGCAUGAUCAUAUUCUUGAAAACAUACAAAACGCUAUAUUAAAAUUAUGUUGCUUGCAAAAGUGUGUACAUGUCAGAACUGCAUAGAAGAAUCGUUUUAUCGGGAGAAAUUUGCACUAAAAUGCUGAGAUUUUUGUUUUUUAAUCAUAAAUUGCUGCAGAAAUAUGGAGAGCCGAGUUUAAUAUUGGGGAAAUGAGGAGCUGUGAGAACUUAAAUUGACAGAUCUUUCCGUCCCUAUCUAGCAGUGGACUGGAUAUCAGAGGCUAAUGGCCCCAAAGAGUCAACUUGGCUAUUGUUUGUCCUGAAUUUGGCAAGACUGUAUGUUUUCAUUCUCAGAUAUGUUUGUACUGGCUUGGUGCAAGCUUCCUUUUAGAGCUUUCCCUUUUAGCCAAAGCAUUUUCCAAAUUCCACUCAGGGCAAGGUCUGAGAAGGGACUGCCUUUAAAAUGAAACUUCUAAAAAAAUUGUUCCUGGAAAUUCAUAUGUUGAGUCGUCGUUUCUUUUUAUUCUCAUGGCAUAUUAUCAAAAGCCGUGCAUUUGUUUUAGAUUUACAAAACGUUCUCCAUUCUUCCCACUUACGCAUUUUCAUCGGCUAUCCUGGUCACUUGAAGGUGAAAAUAUAUAAUUACUAAUCUGCACACAAACACCUGAAAUUGAAAGAAAGACAUAUAUAUAUAUAUACUGAGAGAGCUUCAAACCAGCUGAAUGCAGGUUGAAGCCUGCCUCUGUAAGCUGCUACUGACUUAACUUCAGUUUGUGUAUGUUCCUGAUGUCUCCCAACUCAUCAGGGCUUCCCUACCUGUAUUACUUUUUCAAAAUCUAAAAGGCAGGGAGCUUAGCAGAUUCCUGGGCAUUACAGCAAUGUGUCAGUGCCGUGUUGGUUCAGGUAUUGGCUAUUUGAUGCAAUAAAAAUGUUUAGCAUGCCAUUAAAAUCAACAGGUAUGGGGCCAUUAAUUUAAACCGCUGGUUUAAAGCUGCCCUGUACUUCGACAAAGCAUUGGUCAAUCUAACUCGGCAUUGUCGUCUCUCAUGAUCGGCUGCUCUCCUAGGUUUCGAAUAAGUGUCUUCUUUCCCAGCCGUAUCUGAAGAUGCAAGGCAUUGAAACAGGGGCCUUCUGCACACAAUGCAGGUGUUCUGCAAAUGAUACGGGCAUACAUAGCCUUGCUCUUUGACAUCUUAGAGCUAGAUGCUGCUGCUUAUAUUCCACCCUAUAAAGAAUGUGAUGAAACGCUACCGUUGUGGUGCUUCCAACGUUCUCCUGAAUGUCAUUUGCUUUUGCAUUUUGUGCAUCUUUUUCCAAAAAGAGACGAUUGUCACAGAUUAUGGCUAUUCCAUUUUGUGGAUACAUUUUUGCCCAGGUUGGUUGACAGGUGCAGUGAGCUGCUUGAAGACCCAAGUAACCCUCUCCCCAGCAGGUAACAAAGCUGAGGUUUCCCUUUGUCACUGCCCCAUAUUGGUAAUCCAGAUUUCAUUGCUUUUGUACGCAGCAUUUCUCUAAAUGUUUCACAUGCGCAGGGCAAGCUGUGCCCCUUACCCCAGCUCUGCCUCUGUUCCCAUGCACAUCCAUGCUUAGGGGAAGGCUACCUGGAGUUCCAGCUUCCCCCACUUAGAAGUAACUAAGGAGGUUUCAUACCUGCCAAGUUGCUGUCAGAGAAAUAAGGGACCGGGCCGGAAAUAGCAGACCGGAAGUAGCGGUGCUGCCAUUUUGGAACUGGGCGGAGCAUGCUCAGA